GAGGGUUCAGUUUUUAUGGAAGCUUGAGAUUGUCGUAUGAAUAGCAACUGGCCACCCAUUUGACAGUUUAAAUGUUUACGAUCGUCUGAAACAACUUCCAUACCUCACGAAAACAUAUUUAAACAGACGGAGAAACUAGAGCAGAACACAGUGUAACCGCGAUUUGCAAAAUGAAAGGUAAUUUCUUUUUUUUUUUUUUUUUUCAUUCCUUGUAACACGUCUGUUUAAUGUUACUAUAAUAAGUAUUUAUUCGAACUAAAAACAGUCGAACAUCGAGUUGAAAUUCACCCACCACCAAGGGAUCUCCUAACAGAGUCUCCAAUCCUUUUGUGUAAGUACCGAUUUUUUUUUUUUUACUGUAUUCAUUUCAUUACCUCCGUUUUUACCACAUUAUUAGACAAUGGUUUAACUCCGUUUAAGCAUUUAAACGUUAAAAGCAUUGCACGUGUACGACGAUGUAAUACCUUUUUUUUUUUAACAGCCGAUGACGACGAAGUGAAAGACGAAGAACUUUGUUUGAUCGAUCUUACAAAGUUGGAAGAUGAUUAUCGAGAGGAUUCGCCGGAAGAGACCAACGCGAUCCCUUUAACCCAAUCGCAGUCUGAUUUUCCGUUUACAUCUCUUGCUCACUGGUCUCCCUUAACGCUGGAGGGUCCGUCAACGGCCAUUCCAGGCUGAGGAGAAGGCUUGAUUGCGCCAAAGACUCCAGACAUCGAAUCCUUGCUCCGUGGGGAAAUCAUCGAAAACGACGGUGAAUGUCCAACAGGCACCCGCUGCAACAAACGCAGGAGGAAGCGUAGAUGCGCCCGCCAGCUCGACAAACAUGAUAGAAACAGAAGAAGGCUGAAACAGUACUAUCGUAUACUGGCUCGCACUCUCAUGAAGAUGGCAGACAUGAUUUGAUACAUACUGGUUUGUUAUAUCUGUUCCAUUCGAAUUAUUUUUUCUUUUUUUUCUUUAGAGAAAUAUAAUGGGUGUAGUUCCAUCUGAAUUAGAUGUAGUUAUUGUAGAAGAUGAAGACGUUUGUAAUCAUCAUUUAGAUCCAAACAACCAGAUAGAAUGGGAACCAAACGAUGAUCCGUCUAUGCAAGAUGAUAUUAAUGUGUUAAAUUCAAACACAAACACACAAGCCUCUACACAGCAUCACGAGGUGUUGGGAGGGGCGACACCCUCGGGGGAAUGUUUGGAUUUUUCGGAGGUGGUGGGGGUCAUGCAGAACCAACCGUCAACGGCUGACCAAUCAAUUUCAAAUGAGACCCAGAGGGGUGAUGGGGUAAAUGUCUUGAGGAGGGAAACAUUCAACAAUAUACAACUAUCCAGCGUUUUAACUUUUCCUCAAAACAACGAUGUAACAGAUUACGCCACAUUUUACCGCGGAGUCUUGGGGAGCCUUAAAAAGCUGACACAGAUGGUAACUAAGGAAGCUAGACCCGACGAUAUCAUUCAAUUGGAGUUAUCCGGUGAAAGUGCAAAUCAACACACUUCAUUUACAUUUCGAAACGAUGCCGGGGCUGUGAUGAAUGCUUUUCAAGAUGUGUUAGAUCUGUUGGUACAAUCAAACGUUGAAAUAUUGAACGAUGAAGAAAUACAGGUGAUGGUCCAGGUGAUACAUAACCCUCGAGGUGGUGUAAGAAGAAAAAUCGAAACCCUUUUGGAACAUGAAAUCCGCAGAAAAAAAGCUCGUUAUCUUUACAAUCCAUUAAACUCGAAUAAUCAACUAUGUUUUGCCAUUAGCCUAGCAAGUCUGAUACAUCCUGAAUUUACAGAUAGCCAGGCUGUGGCGGAGGCUGAAAAAAUACAGAGAAAAGCGGGCUUAGACGAACAGACUUCCGUCACUUUCAGUCAUAUUCGUGAAUUUGAAAAAGUGGUACGUCGUAAAAUUGUCAUACUGUAAAGAGAAGAGGGCCAACGACCCCUCUCACGGUUCGAGACGGAUUACCCCAAAUCAGAAAAUCCGUUGUAUCUGUAUUUAUCUCAGAAUCAUUACAGCGGUAUCAUUAACAUUAAAGGUUUUUUGUCAAAACCGCACGUUUGUCACUACUGUUACCAAGGGUACGACAAACCCGACAGACACAAAUGCGACGGCUAUUGCUUGGUCUGUACACAAAAUGGGUGUGUAAAAAUAGAGGGGAAAACUGUGCUUUGCAGGGAUUGCAACAUGUGGUGUCGUUCUCCUGCAUGUCUCCUCAGACACAGGGUAAAACACCGGGUUAUGGAAAAACUCGUCAGCAACUGCGAUCGGCGAAAGAAAGGCCUUAAAUGCAACCUAUUUUACGAUGUACCUGUGGCUACAGGUAUCGCUAAACACACGUGCCCUAAGUUAAAAUGUCAAAUAUGUAAAGAAGAGCUACCUCGCAGUGACUCAGAGACACCUGAAACACGACAUCUUUGCUAUAUACAACCCCAACCACGUGAAGUAAACCACAAUGAUAAUAU